CCAAGAUCGCUGAUUGGAUAUAAUCAUGAGUCACAUCUGGGUCACAUGAGAGGUAAAGGGAAGUUGUCAGGACUUUCACCCUGAAAACUUCACUGCUUUAGUGGUUUAGUUUUUGUAAGUUUUCAACCUGAUGAUAUGGAUCGGAGACCAGUCUAUAGUGAUUAUGGAGCCACACGUGGCAUUGAAAACCCAGGAUACACGUAUCCAUCAUCUUCAGCACCAGCCAUGUCUGGAGCCCCCGCACUUCCCACAGCGCCCCCUGCUGGAUUUUAUGACACAGUCCCGGGAUAUGAAGGAACAUUAGCCGGCGGAGGAGGGUUUCUUCCUCCUCCGAUGCCCUCGGCGCCUCUGCCUGUGGCGGACAACCUGCCUGCUCAGACCAACUGGAAUAUAACCUCCAUCACAGAGGAAGCCGCACGUGAGGCCUUCAUGAGCUACGCAUCCAGUAAGUGCUGUUACAGCACUGCGCCGGUCCGAGAUGGAGUGAUCACCAACUUGGAGCCUUUCAACACCUACAGGUAUCGCUUGGAGACCUUCACUGAGACGAGAUCCUCCGAAUGGAGUCAUGAGCCGUACACAGGCCAGCCUGUGGAUGCUUCCAUCCAGCCUGCCCCAGCGCCAUGGGCAAUCACGGCCCAAACCCCCGCUUUCUUCCAGGAUCAAACACAGAACAUCAGAGUGCCGUAUACCUCCUCAGUCAAGAACUGUCAUACCUGUAUGGGAAUGGGAAAAAAGCCAUGCAAGGACUGCGCAGGCUCUGGGAAUAAAGUCUGCUGGGUUUGUAAAGGCAGCGGGUUUCGCCAUGGAACCGACCGCUGCACACACUGUCACGGCUGUGGAAGAGAAAACUGUGGCAGGUGCCUUGGAAAUGGCUCCCGUAAUUGUGAAACGUGUCGAGGGAGGAGGCAGCUCCUCGUCUUCAUCACACUCAAGAUCCAGUGGACUACUUAUAAAGACGAUUUUGUGGUGGAGCAGGCGAGCGGGCUGAGAUCGGAGAAUCUCAACAGGGUCACGGGAAGGACAAUGUUCAAAGACUCCCAGUACAUGCUUUACCCGGUGAUGGGUUUCCCCAACCCUUCACUGAGCCAAGCGUCUGAGCGUUUAACGCGAGAACAUCAAGCCAAAUAUUUCCAGACUUCUCGUGUUCUGCAGCAGCGCCAUACCAUCGAGCUGAUCCCCAUCACCCGGGUGAGCUAUGCUUGGAAAGCGAAGUCCCACGUUUACUUUGUGUUUGGGAAUGAGUACACGGUGUACACCGACAGCUACCCGGCCACAUGCUGCUGCACGGUCAUGUAGUCCCAGUAAUUCCCAGUAAUGUAGUCCAGAUGACAAAAGUCAUGAAAAAAAUCAUUUUUAUCACGUCAUAGUCUUUACUGAUUAGCGUUUACAGUAUGUAUGUAAUCAUCAGCAUUAACAUCAGCGUAACACAAAUUCUCAGCAGAAUCGUUUUUUUACGACUCUUCGAACAUGCGAUUCCACUCCAAAAAGAGAAGCUGGUUCAAAGAGUCGACUCGUUCAAAGAGUCAACACAUCACAUCGAGCUGGCUGCCAAAAAUGAGGCUAAUCAGCUUAUUAGUGUCAGCUUUCGUCUUUUCACCCGGUUUGUUUCCACAUCAUGACAAUAUUACGAUACAAAGAAGUAUAUUCACAAUAAAUAUAAUAUAAAGCACACAGAACUCACACUGCCUUUAAUUACAUGCCACACACGCAGAAUGUUCACUAUUACACUAAAUACUAAAAUAUAUUAUAUAUACAGGUGUGUACUAUUGUGACAUAUUAUUUAGUACCAAGUGUAAUUUGGGACACAGCGCGCUUGUAACGGACAAUUCUGCCUUGUUUUUAAGUGAGUCAAAUCUUUAUAUUUUAAUAAAAAUAAAUAAAUUAAUUAAUUAAAUAACUACCUUUCACUGCAUUUUAUAAAAUGUCAUUUCUGUGUAAUUCGGUGUAACCUUGCGCUCCGCCGCCACAGCCUGUGUCUCAGUGUCGGUCUCGAGCCUGGAUAAAAUAGGAGGUUCAUUUCAGGAAGGACAUCCGUGUUAUACCUGUGCCAAAUUAGGGAGCAGCUCGAGAACAACACCACGGAUUUAAUUAAAUGUGAAAUCUUCGAGGUGUUAAAAACAAAAAACUGGCAUUUAAAGUAAGCAUCUUUUGUUUUGCUGUGCUACUUUUCCAUUUAUCUUGAAUCAUGGAACGAUUUUGAUAACAUAUUUUUAUUGUCAUUAAUGGUGUAAGUCUUAAAAAUAACUCUUCUGUAUAAAAGUUAGUGAUGAAUGUUUUAGCUAAUUAUGUGACACAAAGAGCUGAAGUUACUAACCAAUGCCUGUGAAACAGUUUAUCGUCACACCCAACAUUAAACUGAUUACAUCGUCAUCAUCAUCCUCACUAUCUUCGAUUUCGAAUAUUAAUUGCAUGCCGUUUAAUCUCCAUAGCAACCACCAACAGUAAUGCAAGAAAAGAGCUGAAAACGAUUGUAUUGUUAUGAAUGAUGUCAUUCUGUUAUGUUAUUUCUGUUCAUUGCAGUUUAUUAUACUGAGUAGUAAUGAAUGUGAUAUAUGUGUCAUGUAAUUCAGAGCGUAUGUACAGUACAUGUCUCUGGCGUCUUAACCAGCGUAUCGAUUUGUAAUAUUUACUCUCUAUCUACAUGUUUGGGACAAGACAGGAUAAAGUUGAGCAGUGGAGGGUUAAACGUCUCAUUCUGGAAGUAACGGUGAUGUGAAUUUUAUUGAUGUAGGGAUUUAAGUAAGAAGCAGGCAAAAUAAAAAUGUUAUUUCUACUGAUAGCUUUUUGUUUUUUCUGUACUGUUAGCACUUAUUGUAUUUUAUUGUAUUGUGUUUUUUUAAGUCAGAUCCGUCCAAAAAGCCAUUUUUAUUCCCACACGUGGCUGUCUUUGAAAGAUUGUUGAUGUAGUGGAAUUUUUCACACCAGAGCCUUUAGAGCAGAAGACCAAAGUGUUGCAGUUUCUUGCAACAUGACCAACGGCAUUUUAACUUUAACAAAGAGAAAAAAAUAUUAUAGCUGUUUUCAGUAUCUGUAGUAUAAUAGGAAUAAAGAGAAUUCUGGGGAUAACAGCAGAGAUGGGGGACUCUAGUCAUAUGACAUGACUUGAGUCAGACUUGUCGCAGACUUGAGACUUGCUUGACAAAUAUUAAAAAAAGACUUGACUUGACUUUGACUUGACAUUCAUUACUUGAGACUUGACUCUGACUUGAGUUAAAUGACUCAAAGAUGGGGGACUUGACUUGACUCUAGUCAGACUUAAGUGGCAGACUUGAGACUUGCUUGACAAAUAUAAAAAAAAAAGACUCGACUUGAUUUUGACUUGACAUUCAUGACUUGAGACUUACUUGUGACUUGUACAUGUGUGACUUACUCCCACCUCUGGAUAAUCACUUUAUCUCACCAGACUGUCACUGUAUUUAACUGAUUUAUUCAUUACGAAUUGAUUUAUGCCUUAUAUUCUCUUACUUUCCAAUGCAGGCUGGAAAUCUUUUCCUUUCAUGUACAAAUGAACACGAUUGAAAUUUAUAUUGUUGGUUUUUUGUACUUUAAUAAACACUUUUUGAAUACU